AUGAGCCGAAUCCUAACGGACGAUGGAAUCUGUUACAAUUUCAACUUGCUGGAUUUCAAAGAGCUGUUUCGUAAAGAGCAGCUUUCUGAUGCCUACCGGUUUAUGGAAUGGAACAAUCCGAAAUCCGAAUGGAAUAGAGAAGAAGGAUACGAUAGCGAUAGGUUGGAAAGCUACCCUCGUAGAAUUUCCGGUUCUGGUACCAAGUUCAAUCUAUAUCUGCUGUUGCAGAGAAAUCGCACAGACGAAGCGGCUAUGUGUCAGGGAACUCGAAAUGGGUUCAAAGUUGCCUUUCACUUGGCUGACGAACUGCCCGUGGUCCAUGAGCAGUUCAAUCGAGUUUCCUUGAAUCAGAUCGUAAGCCUUGCCAUCACUCCACAGCUAAGCCAUUCAACGCCAAAGUUGAAAGAGUUUUCUUCAAGACAAAGACGGUGCUUCUAUAAUAGUGAACGCUAUUUGAGGUUUUUCAGGGUUUACAACCUGAACAACUGCCUAAUCGAGUGUUUGGUAAACGCGACCUUCAAGCGAUGCGGUUGUUCUCCAUUUUUCCUGCCCCAUGGACCGGAAAUGCCGGCUUGCAACUUUUCCCAGCAAGGUUGCUAUAAAAGAGUAGCCGAGGGUGCUUACACCUCGCAGGAGUCAACGCGCAGUUGCCGAUGUGUUCCGGCUUGUGCAGGGGUAGAUUACAAGGUCGAACAGAAUCAAGUUCCCACCAGUCAUCGGUUCAACGCGUUUGCCAAAAAGUGGCACUUUCAAAAUCAAUCAAGUUUCAGCUACGACACAACAAUUUUGUCGAUAAGUUUGAAAGCGCGCAAUGUGGUAGUCAAUAUUCAACGAGAGCGGCUAAGUAAAGAGGAUAUUGUAGGGAAAUUUGGAGGACUAUUUGCUCUGUUCCUUGGUGCAAGUUUGAUGACAGGGGUCGAAAUAUUUUAUUACUGCCUUAUAAGACCGCUGAGAAUCUUUUUCGGAACAAAUCCAACGGGCGUUCCUAUUCGUAUGGUUCAACCGAUAAGUAACUAA